CUCGGCGGCGGCUCCCGGCGCGGUGGACGCUGGAGGCCAAGAUGGCGGCGGAGCUGGUGGAGGCGAAAUUGAUGAUCUCCUCUGUAUUUGUGUUGCUCAAACAAGUACCUAAGAAAAUGGGAUGCUAAUCAGAACAUGGUGAUGAGUUUCCGAGUCUCAGAUCUUCAGAUGUUGCUGGGUUUUGUUGGCAGGAGUAAGAGCGGACUUAAACAUGAACUAGUCACCAGAGCAUUGCAAUUGGUCCAAUUUGACUGCAGCCCUGAAGUUUUCAAGAAAAUUAAGGAGCUCUAUGAGACUCGCUACGCCAAGAAGAGCUCUGAAGUCGCGCAGCCUCAGCCACAGCAGCAUCGGUCUCCCGAGGCACUCUCCAUACAUUCAUCGUAUGACCGCGGGAGCACCGUUGCUCGGACUUCUAUCUCCACUACUAAUAUUGACUAUCCUGCUCUCUAUGGGAAAUACCUUAACGGACUGGGAAGGUUGCCACCCAAAGUUGCGAAGCCUGAAGUUCGGCUGGUGAAACUUCCCUUCUAUACAACCCUGGAUGAACUGCUGAAGCCAACAGAAUUAGUUCCACAGAAUAAUGAGAAGCUUCAGGAAAGUCCAUGCAUUUUUGCAUUAACACCAAGACAAGUGGAGUUGAUCAGAAAUUCCAGGGAGUUGCAACCUGGUGUGAAAUCGGUUCAGGUUGUGCUAAGAAUCUGUUACACAGACACUAGUUCUCCUCAGGAGGAUCAGUACCCUCCGAACAUUGCAGUGAAAGUGAAUCAUAGUUACUGCUCAGUGCCGGGCUACUAUCCAUCAAACAAACCUGGAGUGGAACCUAAAAGGCCCUGUCGUCCCAUCAACCUCACCCAUCUCAUGUACUUGUCUGCAGCGACCAAUCGCAUCACCGUUACCUGGGGGAAUUAUGGGAAGAGCUAUUCCGUGGGGCUGUACUUAGUGCGGCAGAUGACCUCAGCAGAGCUGCUGCAGAGGUUGAAAACCAUUGGGAUCAAACAUCCAGAACUCUGCAAAGCACUUGUAAAAGAGAAGCUACGCUUGGAUCCAGACAGUGAAAUUGCCACUACAGGUGUUCGCGUCUCUCUUAUCUGUCCGCUAGUGAAGAUGCGGCUGUCUGUCCCGUGCCGGGCGGAGACCUGUGCACAUCUGCAGUGCUUUGAUGCAGUCUUCUACCUACAGAUGAAUGAGAAAAAGCCCACAUGGAUGUGCCCUGUGUGUGACAAACCAGCACCCUAUGACCAGCUCAUAAUUGAUGGGCUCCUGUCAAAGAUUCUGACAGAAUGUGAAGAUGCAGAUGAAAUAGAGUACCUGGUGGAUGGCUCCUGGUGUCCCAUCAGAGCUGAGAAAGAGCGGAGCUGCAGCCCUCAGUGUCCAAUAUUAGUUCUAGGUUCUUCAGAUGUGAACGGGCUGUUGCCCACUCCUAACGGUAACGGUGAGAAUGGCAAGGCCACUGCUGACGUUGUGGAUUUAACACUGGACAGCUCAUCAUCGGAGGAAGAGGAGGAAGAAGAUGAGGAGGAUGACGACGAUGAUGAGGGACCCCAACCAAAACGACGCUGCUCUUAUGAGAAAGGUUUAGUUUCUGCCUGCUGACUGCGGAAGCAGCUCUGAAUCUCAGAAUGGACAGACUUGAAUACUCUGGUGCUUAUUAAACUGGAGGAGGGGGAGACUGUCUUCUCCCACCUCAUCUCCCUUCCUCCCUGAUCUCCUUUGACUUUCCUAUUCCAAAUUAAUCAUUAAAACAAGAGAAAAAGAAAAAAAGAG